AUGGAGCUAGACUCGGAGCAGCGUGUGGCUGCUUAUCGCUUCGUGGCCUACACUGCUGUCACAUUCUCCGUAAUCACUGUGCUCUCUGUCUGUAUCACUUUACCUAUGGUUUACAGCUACGUGUACCAUAUUAAGAAGUCUACUAAUGUGGAAGUCAACUUUUGCAAGGGAUCUGCAAGGGAAAUUUGGAACGAAAUGGAUCAAAUUAGAAAUUCACCACUCGCGCACAACAGGACCACACGUCACAUCGCAAACACCUGCAACGCUUGUUGCCUUCCCGGACCAGCUGGACCACAGGGACCACCCGGACGACCUGGUCGUCCAGGUGCCCCGGGAGCUCCAGGAGCGCCUGGACCUCCUGGGCGACCAGGGGGUGCAUGCGAACCGGUCACGCCACCUCCGUGCAAGCCAUGUCCCGAAGGCCCACAGGGACCACCUGGACUUCCAGGCCCACCAGGGCCACCUGGUGUGAGCGGCGGUUACGGCGGGGGGGCUGCUGGAGGAGUGGGGCCACCAGGCCCGAAAGGAAUGCCUGGGCCUCCUGGAAAACCAGGGGAGCCGGGCAUGCCUGGUGCUCCUGGUGAAGAUGCUGUUGCUGGAUAUGCAGGAUUUGGUGGACCAGGACCUGCGGGACCUCCUGGGCCUAUGGGGCCGCCGGGACCAAAUGGAAAACCAGGAUCUUCAGGAGGAACAGGACCACCAGGUCUAAAAGGUCCUCCAGGACCUGACGGACCACCCGGUCCACCUGGGAAUCCAGGUGCACCUGGUGCCGCAGGAGAGGCAGGAAAAGGAGGAGAACUUGGUAUUUGUCCCAAAUAUUGUGCUUUAGAUGGUGGAGUGUUUUUCGAGGAUGGAACACGAAGGCGAGCAAAACAGCAAUAA